AUGGAGCGCGAGGCGAGACGGAGAAAGAAAAAGGCGAAACGCGUGGGAAGCGCGCUGUCGUUCGACGAGACGGAGGAGAUCGAUCCGUCGGCGGCGAUGGACGAAGAGGAGACUUUAGUCAUGACGUCUCCAGGGGAGAAGCGGCGGAGGUUCGGGGGAGGGAUGGGGAAAGAUCCCACGGUGUCGACGGAGUUCCUCCCGGACCGGGCGAGAGAGGAGGCGGAGCGAAGAGAGCGGGCGGAGAUCGAGUCCGAGUACUUGGAGCGAUCGAGACGGGAGAAGGGAGAGAGUGUGACAAUCACGUACUCGUACUACGACGGAACGAGGCGAGAUGGCGGAAAAAUUGCGUGCGUCAAGGGGGACACGGUGGAACAGUUUCUGCAAAAAGUGCGCGCGUCGCUCCUCAAGGAUGGUGAGAAAACGGUCCAACGCGACAUGAAGCACUGCGACGCGAGCGGUAUGAUGUUCAUCAAGGAGGAUCUCAUUAUUCCACACGAUGUUUCCUUCUACGACCUCAUCGUCUCCCGCGCGCGCGGAAAAUCGGGCCCGUUGUUCCGUUUCGACAAGCGCGACGACGUUCGCCUUCGCGGCGGCGCCGACGUCGAGGUGGAGAACUCCCAUCCGGGAAAGGUCAUCCUCCGAACGUGGUACGACAGAAAUAAAGGCAUGUUCCCCGCCAAUCGAUGGGAGGUGUACGAUCCCGCCAAGUCGUACGGCCAGGAAGGCUAUCGCAUUAAGUAG